AUGACGGAUUUUUAUGAAAUACUCGAAGUUCAAAAAACAGCGACUGAAGAUGAAAUCAAAAAAUCAUAUCGUCGAUUAGCAUUAAAAUGGCAUCCAGAUAAAAAUCUCUCAAAUAAAACACAAGCUGAAGAAAAAUUUAAAUUAAUUUCUGAAGCUUAUGAAGUAUUAUCUGAUAAAGACAAACGUCGAAAAUAUGAUCAAUUGGGUAGAGCUGGUUUAUCAAAUAAUCAUGGAAAUAGUGGAUAUUCACCAAAUAAUGGUUAUUCUCGAUUUUCCGAAGAUUUUCUUAAUCGUACAUUUCAUUUUCACAAUCCAUUUGAUAUAUUCGAACAAUUUAUGUCACAUUUCGGCAUGGAGGAUGAUUUCGGUUUCGGUAUGAAUCCAUUUGCUGAUUUACAUAGUCGUCAUCAUCAUCUUCAUCAUCAUCCUUUUGGACAUCUCCGUCCAACAUCAUCAUCAUCAUCAUCUUCAUCACGACGUGAUCCACAUCGACAACAAAUGGCUUUAUUUGAUAAUGUUUUUUCUCCAAUGAGAAUGUCUCUAUUUGAUCAUCAUGAUCCAUUUGGACACCACGAUUUUGGUGGACAUCAUGCUGGAUCUAUAUCAUCAUUUAAUGUUUCAUUUGGUAAUGGAAAUUCACGACCAGUAGCUAAAAAAACAACAAAAUCAACUAAAAUAAUCAACGGGCGUCGUAUUGUUACAACAAGAGUGGAAGAAAAUGGACAAACAACAGAAACAAUUGAAGAAGAUGGUCGAUUAACAUCGAGAAAAAUUAAUGGAAUUUUACAAGCCAUUAAAUAA